AUGACCAUUCCUCGAUUCGAGCUAAAGACCGAUGUUUGCUCUUUGCCUGAGGCUGCAGAGUAUUUCAACUCUUGUAUAUACAGAGAGCUGGCUCCUAUCCAAGAGCUUGGCAAUAACCCUCACAUAUAUCAACUAUCAGUCAUGCAUAUCCAAAGAGCAGCCAAUAAGCCAGACUAUCUCAACUUUGGCAUGCUCUGCAUGACCUUAAGUCACCGCAUAAACCGCACCAGAAACGAUCCUUGGUCCAAACCAUUAGCUGAGAAAUUCUACUUGUACUGGGGUCUUGCUGUUCGGUCUCUCAAUGCGCAACUCGAUGUACAAGAGAGGCAAACAAGUGACUUGAUCAUGGCAGGAAUCAUGACUCUUCUUCUCGCUGACGUUCAACAGGGGACUUCCCUCAACUGGAGAUGUCACCUAGAGGGAAUUCACAGGUUAAUUUCACUACGAGGCGGUUUCCAUGCGGUGGCCAGCUCACCAAGUUUGGAGCCCCUUCUCCUUUCCCUUUGGUUCGUCGCCGUCAUUGGAAACACGACAUGUGCUGUCUCGAAUCUUAUCAUGACUGAAUCAUACUUCGAUUCUCUUGAGUUGCUGCUUGAGAAAUACGGCGCUGCAGUAUCUCCCAUCCACAUGUGUCCGCUGCCGUUAUUCGCUGAGAUUAUCAAGAUCAACCACCUUCGCAUGAGAGCAAUAUCUUGCGAUUCCGCCCUACUGGAGGAUCUUUCGACAGAAGGGCUUGAAAUACUUGAGCGCAUUCAUCUCUUUUCACCAGAGCAAUGGGCCUCGUCAAAGCCGUUUCACCAGGAGGACUGGGUACUGAUAGGCAAAGUCUACCAAGCCGCAGCAGCACUCUAUUGCAUUCUGUCGCUACAAAGCCUGGGUGUUCUUCCCGAGACCCCAGAUCUCAGAGCUUGCUGCGCUGCACACGGGCAAAUCUUGUGGUUACUGCUGGAUGUAGGUCUUUCAUGCCCAAGGACCAGACGAUCCCUUAUUUGGCCACUCGUCUUGCUCGGUGUGGAAGCUGUCCAUGGGGGUCCGAAAAUGCGAGCGUUCGUUUCAGAGAAGUUACCCGAGCUAAGCUAUGAUGCCGGUACUUAUGUGCCCCUAAUGGCCAAGAGCGUUCUCAAGUCGUUCUGGGAUUCGGGGGAAAUGCGGUGGGAUUCCUGUUUCGACAGGCCAUAUGUCUUUACAAGUCAGAUAGCUGUCGACACAAGUCGCUUGUCGCCAGACUAA